CACACACUUCGUCAAAUGUGUAACAAAGUCCUGGAGAAUGGGCACUUUGUCUAGCACGGUCAUUUUAUUUCUGUGUUUCAUAUGCGGCUCUUGUCUGCCCACUUCAAAAACAGUUGAAAUUGACGUCGAUCAAGGGAAAGAGCUAGACAUAUUUGACAUCAAUGAAGCAUCUGGGCUAGACCUAACAGAAGGUGACAUCAUUCUUGAUCCGAGACAAGAGAAAAAUUCAAUUAUUGGUGAUGAGUACCGGUGGCCAAAAACAAUUCCUUACUAUCUAGAAGACAGUCUGGAAAUAAAUGCUAAAGGAGUAAUUCUGAAGGCAUUUGAACAAUAUCGAUUAAAGACUUGCAUUGACUACAAACCCUGGACUGGAGAAAAAAACUACAUUUCUGUGUUUAAAGGUAGUGGGUGCUUCUCUUCUAUUGGGAAUCGGCGCAUUGGCAAGCAGCAGUUAUCUAUUGGAGCCAAUUGUGACCGAAUAGCGACCAUUGAACAUGAGUUUCUUCAUGCUCUUGGAUUCUGGCAUGAACAGUCUAGAGCUGACCGAGAUGACUAUGUGGAAAUUAUAUGGAAUGAAAUUUCACAAGGGAAGGAACACAACUUUAAUAAGUACAGUGACAAACAGUCGAGCUCUCUAAAUGUGGCUUAUGACUACACCUCGGUCAUGCACUACAGUAAGACAGCCUUCCAGAAUGGAACAAAUCCAACAAUAGUAACUCAAAUUCCAGAGUUUAUGAAUGUCAUUGGCCAAAGGAUGGAGUUCAGUGACAGCGACUUGCUGAAACUCAAUAGACUGUACAAUUGCUCAUCUUCCCUGACAUUUAUGGAGCACUGCAGUUUUGAGAAGGAAAACAUUUGCGGCAUGAUCCAAGGCUCAGACGAUAAUGCAGACUGGCAGCAUGUCAUGAAAGCUAAUGGAGGGCCAGAUACUGAUCACACAAACAUGGGCACCUGCCAAGGCACAGGAUAUUUCAUGCACUUCAGUACAGCAGAGGGGUCAGUGGGGAGCAAAUCAUACCUGGAAAGCAGGACCCUGUACCCAAAAAGGAAUUACCAGUGCUUGCAGUUCUUUUAUUACAACAGUGGUAAUGAGAACGAUGAACUGAAUAUCCACGUCAGAGAAUACAGUGAUACAGAAAGUAAUGGCACACUGAAAGGAUUCGGACAAAUAAAAGGCAAACCACAGAAUUACUGGCAGUUUUAUCAGUUUAACCUCAAGGCCUCAAAUAAGUUCCGUGUGGUAUUUGAAGGCAUAAAAGGAGCUGGAGUGUCACAAGGAGGUCUUUCUAUUGAUGAUAUCAACCUCUCGGAGACUGAAUGUCCCCAUCAUAUUUGGCACAUAAAGAAUUUUACUCAUCUUUUAGCUACAAGCAGCCCUGGUACCUCCGGAAAGAUAUACAGUCCUCGAUUUCACUCGAAAGAGGGAUAUUCUUUUCAAAUUGGGUUAUAUUUGAAUGGAACUACUACUAAUCCUGGGAAUCUUGCCAUUUACUUUCAUCUGACUUCUGGAGACAAUGAUGGUAACCUGGCCUGGCCCUGCCCAUGGAAACAGGGAACAAUGUUGCUCUUAGACCAAAACCCAGAUAUUCGCCAUCAGAUGUCUAAUCAAAGAAGCGUAUCUACUGAUCCUAAUAAAAAGACAGCAAAUGGAGGAUACUUUUGGGACAAUCCUAGUCAAGUUGGAAACAAAGUAACAGAUGAAGAUGGAAACACCUUCUUUCGGGGUCCCGGAGAAGGCACAUCGUCUUUUCUAACACAUGAAAGACUGAGAAGCAGAAAUUUCAUUAAUGAAGAUUCAGUGAUUUUUCUCUUAACAGUGGAAGAUGUAUCCCACCUACUCAAGACACAGGAUAUGCCAACAUCUACAAGUCCACCAUUGACUGAGAAGCCGGUAACUACUUUACCUCCUGAAAAGCUCUGCAAAAAAAAUGUAUGUGAAAAUGAUGGAAUCUGUGUCGAGUUAGACAUGAAACCAACUUGCAGAUGUGCAGUAGGUGAAGAUUGGUGGUAUUUUGGGGAAAGAUGUGAAACAAAAGGAAGAAAAGAGGACACAGUCAUCACAGCUGUAGUAUCUUCUGUUGUGGUUUUUGCUGUCAUGCUUGUUAUUACUAUAAUAAGUACAUGCUGUCUUACGAAGAAAUACAAAAAGAAAAGCAAACAUCAAGGAAUGAUAUUAGAAAAUAAGAAUGCUGUACAGACACACUACGUCAAUACAGGAAUUUGAGGAGGAAUGAAGAAGACGAAGGAAUUUGAGAAUUUUAUCUAAUUUCAAACAAGGCAUUUCU